GGGGGGAGAGAGAAAGAGAGAGAGAGAGAGAAAACAAGACGAGAAAGAAGGGAACAAGGAAAGAAAGACAAAGAUAUGAGGAAGACAGAAACAAGGGAAGAAAGAGACAAAUGAUUCAGAAAAACAGCACAGACAGAUAACAGAGCCGGAGAAACAGGCAACAGGGAGGGACAGAAACAGAGAGAGGAGGCAGAGGGACAGGGGGAGCCGAGGCAGAGAGGCCGAGAACGCCAAGUUUGGAAGGCCAGGUGGUCGGGGCCAGGCUCUCCCACUCCCCUCAUCUGGAGGCCCUGCCUCCCCCCCGCGGGGGUCACCGACCCUGCCUGGGCGCCCUCCUCGGAACCUCCAAGUGGCCCCGACAUGGAGGAGGGUAGGCCCCGAAGCAGCCUCAGCUUGGCCAGCAGCGUGUCCACCGUGUCCUCCGUCAGCCUCAACAGCCCCCGCCUGUGUCUCCUCCAGCCCCCCCGGGCGGUCAGCCGAGUCCAUGCCUUUGGGAAAAGGGGGAGCUCCCUGCGUAGGGACCCCAACCUGCCUGUGCACAUCCGGGGCUGGCUGCAUAAGCAGGACAGCUCGGGCCUGCGGCUGUGGAAGCGGCGCUGGUUUGUCCUGUCUGGCCACUGCCUCUUCUAUUACAAGGACAGCCGGGAGGAGAGUGUCCUGGGCAGUGUCCCUCUCCCCAGCUACAGCGUCCGGCCCGAUGGCCCCGGAGCCCCCCGGGGGCGCCGCUACACUUUCACUGCCGAGCACCCUGGCAUGAGGACCUACGUCCUGGCUGCCGACACCGUGGAGGACCUCCGAGGGUGGCUGCGGGCGCUGGGCCGCGCCACCCGAGCUGAGGGCGAUGACUAUGGCCCCCAGCCCCCACCCGCUGGGCCCCCGGCUGGAGAAGGUCCCUGUGGCCCCGGGGGGCCGCCCGAGGUGGGAAGCGGCGAUGAGGGCCGCAGCGCCGAGUCCUUGGAGGUGGCCAGGAUCUCCGACAGGCGCAGGGAGCUCACCCCCAGCCCUCCCCCCGGGCUCCCGCAGCAGAGGAGCAGAGCGAGGGCAAGGAGUCCGGAGCUGUUCUCUCCCUUCUCCCGCCCCCCAUCGCCCCUGGGCCUCCCCCGGCCGCGCUCAGCCCCUGCCCACCGUCCCAAUGCUCUGGCGGGGGGAGACGCCCGGCCCCACACCCCCCUGAGCCGGAUCGACGUCCGGCCCUUCCCCGAGUGGGCCCCCGCCUCGAGAACCUUGUCCCGCCCCCCCACUCCCCGACGGGCACCGCCGUCGGACACAGGGGCAUCGAGACCGCCCAGGAGCCCCCAGCAUUGGGCCGCUGACCUCAGGGCCAAGGCAGCGUCUGGCUAUCCGCAGCUGUCCCCCGGGCCUCAGGAAGUCGGGGCUCCGCGGCCUCGUUGCAUCCUCAGCCCCCGCCCGGCCCCAUGCUGGACCCCGCCCUGCACCGCAGCGAGGACACCGACAGACGCGGAGACUUGCGCCGGCUCUCUCGCUCUCGGCCCGCAGGUGCUGCUGACCAAACUCUGCGGGCAGGACAGGCUCCUGAGGAGGCUGACGGAGGAAAUGGCCAAGAGCCAGGAGGAGAAGGAGCGACUGGAGGCGGCCCUGGAACUCACCCGCAGGGCUGUGGGGGAGCCCGGGCCGGGAGGCAGAGCCUGGGGGCGCCUUCGGCUUCUGCAGGACCGCCUGGUGGGCGUCAGAGCCGCCCUCUGCCACCUGACUCAGGAAAGAGAGCGGGUGUGGGACACCUACAGCGGCCUGGAGCAGGAGCUGGGGACUCUGCGAGAGACCCUGGAGGAUCUGCUUCACCUGGGGUCUCCUCAGUCCAGGGUCUCUGCCCAGCAGCAGCUGUGGAUGGUGGAGGACACGUUGGCCGGCCUGGGGGAUCCGAGCUGGGGCCGUGCCCAGAGGGAUGGAGACGGAGAGGGGCCUGCCGCCCUGCCAGGUCCUGGAUCACCCAGCUCUUCCCGGGCCCAGAGCCCAGAUGGCCAGUGCUCUCCACCCCCCGCCCCAUCGCCAUCCCCACCACCCGCACCUGGGCCUAAGGCUGCGGCUUCCCGGGUCCGGAUGAGCGCCCAGGAGCAGCUGGAGAGGAUGCGGAGGCACCAGGAGGCAGGGAGGCUGAGGCUCCGGCCUCUGUCUCCGGGGGGGCAGACCGUGCGCCCUGUAGCGGUGCGCAGGCAGCUGGAGCCUGCAUGCGAGAGAGAGGGGCCUCUCCUGGACUCCGUGGGUCCCACAGGGGCUCUUCAGCAGUGGGUCCGGAGCUCCGGGUCCUGGAGCAGCUCUAGGAGUCCCCGGCCCUACCUCCCGGCCCCUGAAGGACAUCGGGAAAGGGUCCUCAGCCUGUCCCAGGCUCUGGCGACCGAGGCUUCACACUGGCAUAAGUUUGUCACAGGUCGAAGCCCUGAAGCCCCUCCCGACUCCACCUCCAGGCUGACUCCGCCCCUCCGAUCGCCUCCCGUCGGGUCUCCACCUCCCUCGGGGCGGGGCCGAGGAGGCUCCUCCACUUGGGCCCCCACGUGGGGAGGGGCGGCUCCGCCAGAUGAGGGGGCGUGGCCUCUGCGAGUUACACUACUCCAGUCCAGCUUCUGACACGCCAGCGGAGCUGCACCCAAUUGGAGCCAGAGGGGCGGGGGCUAAGCUCCAGGAGGCGGGGCCUGAGGUGCCUCAGAAGGCUGUCCUUCCAUCUCUCCAUUCCCCCUUUCUAUGCCAGUUUCAAUUAAAUUCGUUGUAAUCACUGAG